CGGCCAUGGAGGACGAGCGCGUCUUCUCGGACAUCUGCGGCGGCCGUCUGGCCUUGCAGCGCCGCCACUACUCGCCGUCCUGCCGGGAGUUCUGCCUCAGCUGCCCGCGCCUCUCCCUGCGCUCGCUCACCGCUGUCACCUGCAGCGUGUGGCUGGCGGCCUACGCGCUCUUCACCCUCUUCGAGAACAGCGUGAUCCUCUCGGCUGCCAUCUUCAUCACCCUCUUAGGCCUGCUUGGUUACCUUCAUUUUGUGAAAAUUGAUCAGGAAACCCUAUUAAUCAUUGAUUCCCUGGGCAUCCAGCUGACUUCUUCCUAUGCCUCAGGCAAAGAAAGCACCACCUUCAUUGAGAUGGGCAAGGUGAAGGAUAUUAUCAUUAAUGAGGCUAUUUACAUGCAGAAGGUGAUUUACUACCUCUGCAUUUUAUUGAAGGAUCCGUUGGAACCACAUGGGAUAUCCCAGGUAGUACCUGUCUUCCAGAAUGCCAAACCCCGGCUGGACUGCUUGAUUGAAGUGUACAGGAGUUGCCAGGAGAUCCUGGCACACCGGAAAGCCACAUCCACAAGCCCAUGAAUCCCAGCAUUCAAAAGGCCAGUAUUGUCUUCCAUGGGAGAUGACUCUUAAGCCAUAGUGGCUAGUUUAUUUUCUGUAUGCGAAACCAUCAGGUGGACACAUUCCUAGGAACCAGUGUGGAUACUGUGGAACUCAGAGCCAUAUAUCGAGCAGGUGACUGGAGACCGAACUCAUUGUGUGAGCUACAUAUUUCUGUGUACGUCUGUGUUCCCUUGGGAAGAUUUUGGCUACUUUACCACCUGAGGGGAGACAUUAAGAAAUGGUUAUGUCAAAAAUAAUAUCAGCAAAGAACCCUUGUGAAAUUCCCAAGCACGUUCAGUGUACUUUUGUUGAAAUGUGUGGAAUAAGACAGUGGGAAACUGAUCGCGAAUCCCUUGAGAAGGAGUAUUUCAUACUGCUUAGCACCCGUGUAUGAAAGUUAAUAAAAGAGAAGGGAAGCCCUUCAGGUACUGGUUAGUAAAAGGAAAUGUCGCCUAGCUCCUGUGUUGUGUAUAGGGUUAAUUCACAAUUCUUGUAAUAAAUCUCCUUCCAAAACAUACACAAUAAUUGCCUGGUUCACAGACAGCUGCUUUUUAUUGACAAACACGAUCAUGGCAUUUCAGUCAUGGGUGUCAGGCACAUUUCUGUUGCUCAGCAUUAUCUACGUUUUCAAAGGCUGCUUUUGCUGAGAGGGAUGAGACAAAAGGUCAGAUAGAAACUUGACUUUGGUUUUCAGCCAUGAGGUUAUUUUGUUACAGGAGGAUUAAUCAAGAGAAUUAUAGAAGCCUUUGUUUCUAGGGAAGCUUCUUCUGUAUAAAACUAAUAUACUCAGAACAUUCCUGAAGGGUUGGGAAAGAGAGGGUGGGGGAAAUAGUGGCCUCAAGUUCUGUAUGAAGUGCCAUUCUUGCUUAAUCUUUCUUGGAAUCCUUUUUUUUCCCCCCUUCCCCUAAACCUCUUAAUUUAUUAUGUACUGCCAGGUAGAUAAUAUCCUCAUUGGUCCAACAGACACUCAAGAUGUUAUUAAAUCAAAGUUGUAAUCUGUCUUUUAUUACACUAGCCCUGGAGGGUUUUCCAGGAACCUGUGUCUAUGUGAGAUGUUGACUUGUUUGAGGUAGAUGUGUCUCAGCUAGGUCCUCAGACCCUAGUGGAAAAGGUGGGAACACAAGUGGGAGAUGGCUGUAAAAUGGCCUGCCUUACAAAGUCAAGUUCAUUUAUAAGCUGCAGACUGCUAAGCAUUUUCCAUCAUGCUUGUUAAAGAGUCAAGGGGAAGCUUCCAGCAGCUGCGGUAUUGAGAUAGUUCCAGCCAUGUGUUUGCAAUGUGCUGGCAGCACACAUUGUUAGGGUUAAAGGCUAGGUUCUUGGAUGCUACUGCUAAGCCCGUCGUUUUGAGCACUUUACUGACAAAUGAGCUGUGAAAUAAAAUUCAUUUUCUCAGGUAUUGGA